AUGGUCCAUUUUGGUUUUUCUUUGUCUCUUUGUUACCAUUAUGAAACUCUCGUUGCUCCUCCAGCAUUUCUUCAACAUACCAAAACUCGGGAUGUCUGUCUGUCUUCCCUUCGGAAAGGGCAAGCAAACACCAAUCUCGGGACGCACCAGUCCUCUUUGACAAACUCCGGCGUCAAUCGUCAUAAUCUCAGUACACGUUUCGUUCAACCAACAGUCAUUUUCGGCGAUUGGAUUACAUUAAAAACUUUCAAUGGCCUCGCAAAUUCCGGACGCCAGUCAGCCCUGUCCUGGCUCUUUUCACCUCAUUGGCACAUGCCGAUGUGUAAAAUAGGCCGGCUCACUAUCUCUUCUAUCCAGUCUCCGGCCGAGCCGUCUAGCAGUCGCCUGGCAACCUGUUGCAAUGAGGCCUGUUUGAAAGAGACCAAUUAUGAGGCCAUUCGGAUCGGUCUGCCCUGUCAACCUGCGAUGAAGAUGGAACUUCCAUCUGAGAAUGGAACUCUUAGCUUGAUUAACAACUGUCACGGUUUACUGACCCUAUCAAUCAUAUCCAUCCCUCAUUCAGAGAGCCCAACUGCGGCAGAACGCUCAUUCGAGCCUUCAGUUUUACAAUUAGCUGAUUACACUCGAGAUGUGCCAUCCAACGUAAAACAGGUAUUUUGUAGACUUUUAAGUCGCUGUAGUCGAAGGAUAUGGAUCACCUGGAAUUCCAUGCGGUCCGGAUCUUAUGCCAUCGUCGAGCACCCUUACUUUGAAGGAUAUAUCAUCUUUAUGAUAUUACUAAGUAGUGCAACUCUGGUAAGCUUGAGAAUUCCAUUUUCCAAAAUUGCAAAUCGGCUGUUCUGUCAGAAGGGACAGUUGAGCUGUACUAUUUGUAAUAUUCUAGUAUGCAACCAUAAUAGCUUAGUCGUCCAAUACGUGCGAACUUUUUAA